AUGAGAUCAAAGCUUAACAUUUUCAUCAAUUUGCAUAAAUCACAUGCGAUUUACGUUUACAUGUGGUUAGAGUUGUGCAUUUGGAGUUUCAUGUCAUAUUCAGCUGUUUAUUAUGGGAAGAUCUUCGAUUACAAAAACUUUCAAACAUCAGAGUUUACACGUCAUAUUAACGAGGGUGGUAAUUGGUACUAUCGAUUGAUGUUUGGCAAUAUGAACUUAACUAAUAUUGACUUCGACUUACAGCGGAAUGUUCAAGGCAAGGCGCUUAAUUGA